CUGUCUGUGGAGUUGAUGGUGCGUGAGCCGUGGUUGGGUAGGAAACGGGUGUCAGCGCCGUGUGGACGCUCCGUGGUCCUGUCAUCAGUAAAUAUAAAGUCAGCUCUGGCUGGCCAGCUGAGUGCUGAGCAGCAAAGCGACAGCAGAGGUACUGAAACGUUUCCCUUCACGACAAUUGACUUCACACGCAGGAUGCCAGGAUCAGCCUCCAAUAACUGCUUAGGACCCUGGCCCAAAGAUGUGGGAAUCAUCGCCAUGGAGCUGUACUUCCCAUCCCAGUAUGUAGACCAGGCUGAGCUGGAGGAGUUCGAUGGCGUGGCAGCUGGGAAGUACACAGUGGGACUGGGACAAGCUCGAAUGGGUUUCUGCUCAGACCGCGAGGACAUCAACUCUCUGUGCCUCACCGUGGUCCAGAGGCUAAUGGAGAGAAAUAGCCUGUCCUACGACUGCAUUGGCCGGCUGGAGGUUGGCACAGAGACCAUCAUCGACAAGUCAAAAUCCGUCAAGACAGUCCUGAUGCAGCUGUUUGAGGAUUCUGGCAAUACAGAUGUGGAGGGGAUUGACACUACAAAUGCUUGUUACGGUGGAACAGCUGCACUCUUCAAUGCUGUUAAUUGGGUGGAGUCCAGCUCAUGGGAUGGACGCUAUGCUUUGGUUGUUGCCGGGGACAUCGCCGUUUACGCCACAGGAAGUGCUCGCCCUACAGGGGGUGCUGGUGCAGUGGCCAUGCUCAUUGGGCCUAAUGCUGCUUUGACCUUUGAAAGAGGUCUGCGGGGAACCCACAUGCAGCACGCAUAUGACUUCUACAAGCCUGACAUGGUGUCAGAGUACCCUGUAGUGGACGGCAAGCUGUCAGUCGAAUGCUACCUGAGUGCCUUGGACCGCUGCUACUCUGUGUACCGCAAUAAGAUCCAUGCACAGUGGCAAAGAGAGGGUUCCGACAAGCAUUUCAGCCUGGACGACUUUGACUUUUUAGUCUUCCACUCUCCCUACUGCAAGCUUGUCCAGAAGUCUGUGGCUCGACUGAUGUUGAAUGACUUUCUGAAGCACCCCAGUCCCGACACAGAGGCGGGACCUUUCGCUGGAUUCGAUGCCUUCAGAGACGUGAAGCCAGAGGAAACGUACUUUGACAGGGACGUGGAGAAGGCCUUUAUGAAGGCCAGCGCUCAGCUGUUUGAGACCAAGACCAAGGCGUCGCUGCUGCUGUCCAGUCAGAAUGGAAACAUGUACACACCCUCUGUGUAUGGCUGCCUGGCUUCACUAAUAGCACAACACACAGCAUCUCAGCUGGCAGGGCAGAGGGUGGGCUUGUUCUCCUAUGGGUCAGGGUUUGCUGCAACCUUGUAUUCUCUCAGGGUCACUCAGGACCAUACGCCUGGGUCUGCACUGGACAAGCUUGUCUCCAGUCUGAGCGACCUGAGGGUCAGACUGGACUCCAGGAGAAAAAUGUCACCUGCAGCUUUUUCUGAAAUCAUGAAGCUGAGAGAGGAGACUCACCACCUGGCUAGCUACAUCCCUCGAAGCUCUGUGGAGGAUCUGUUCCCGGGGACGUGGUACCUGACCCGAGUGGAUGACAAACACCGCAGGGAGUACGCCCGCAGAGCCCUGGAUGACGAGCUGAGGGCAGAGCCAGAGCUGGUCCGCAGCGCCUCAGCCUCUGAGCACAUCCCCAGUCCAGUCAAGAAAAUGCCUCGCAUGCCUACAGCCGUGGCUGGCCCCGGGGCCACCAGCAACAACUGACCUCGACUGUGUCCCCUCCCACAUGGCCGGGCCCAGCAGAGUAGAACUGGACAAACAGACAAUAGCUGGGCCCAGCUGGACGGCCAGGAGGGCCGGGGGUCUUGAUGGGGACCAUCAGGAGUUCUGCCUUCCACCUACCACCAAGCCCUGCUUUUCAAAGUCAUACAUUUCUUUUUAUUAUUUGUUUUUUCAAUAUUUAGAUUCUUCGGCGGUUACUGUUUUUCAAAGUCCAUUUUCGAAUGUAUUUUUAGUUCUGCAUUGGUGCAGAAUUGAUGGUUCCAUUUGGGAGGAGAACAGACAUAUCAUGCUGCCAACACUCAGUCAACACCAUUAAAGAAAUCAAAUUAUUUAUGCUACAGCUGAGUAGAAAAACAAAGGGAGCAUAGUGAAAGAUGUUGCCUUGGUGAAACAACAGGUGAUGCAGCUUAUCUUAUUCACUCUGUUCUGUGAAUUCAGGAUGUUUUUUUUACUGUUAAAAUUGUGCUGUUUCUAAUAUUCUGGCCUCCAUCUGGUGAGGUUUGGAGCAAAACACCAGGAAGCUCUUUCUCUCUCUCUCUCUCUCUUUCUCUCGCUCUCUUUCUGUCUCUCUCUCGCUCUCUAAUAUAUAAGACAUCAUUCGUCAGUCCUUGGCUUUUAUUUAAACUCUUGUUGGCAAAGGUAGCCAUGACACCUGAAGACCUGAGUGUGAUGCUGCAUGGCAGUGACACUGCUGUUAAUGUUGACCUAGCAUGGUUUCUUCCAAAAACACAAGGAGCACCAAUCAGAUCAGUAUAGGAACGUCAUUGGCCUCAGCAUCUUUAUUUCCGACUUGAUAACUUUUCUAAUUGGACGUUAGAGCUGUAAGUUUCUGCAAAGUUUUACCAUAAUGUUUAAAAGUGUCAUUGACAUUGUCAGUAAGGCCUGCUCUGCAAUACAGUGCUGCACUGCUGGCAGCAAAGUAGCAACAGCAGGUUGGGGUCUAGCUUCUCAACAACCUUUCAGUUAAUUUACUGGGUCUAUUUAGUAAAGCGGCUAAUUUUACUAUGAUGGACCAAUAGAGCUGUGGGUUGACAUGUUAAAAGUUUAGUCUUUGUUUUAUGUAAAAUCUAUUUGAUGCUCCCCAGCCGUCACAGAUCUCUGUGCCACAAAGAACCUCAGACUGCUCCCUCUGCUGGACCAGAAGAAGUAUCACAGCAUCAUAUGUCAGUUUAACCACAUUUUUGCUCUCGUAAUUGACCAGAUGCUAACUAAACAGAAAACUUUGGUUGGUGAUGCACAAGAACAGGAGAGUCACAUGAACCCAGCAGGACUGAGCAGUUGAUGCUUUGUCUGUCUGUCUGUCAGCUGCUGCAGCUAACAAAACAAACGGAUGUGGAGACAGCCUUGGAACAUGGUGCAGUAGGUGGUGGCUCCGGCUCAUGGCAGCUUGGAUACUUGAUAUUAUAAUGACUUUCUUUUAGAGAAGCCUUACAAUAAGCACCUGGAAAGUGCAAACUGUACAUAUAAAGAUUUGCAUUCAAUAAUGUACAGAUCUAUUCUUUUAAACUGUAAAGACAGUUGGUUGAGCUGUACCAGCUUCAGUGGUGUCCUGCAUUAUGGUGUGCUCUUGCUGCCUGGCUCAAAGGUCACAUGACCCUUUCCAGUGUUGAUGGUUGUACAGCACGAAUUAUGAUUAUUUAUGUCAUGUAGAUAUGAAUGUAUUAAUGUUCCACCAGAUUCAUUAAAACAGAGACUUGUAUACACAUGUAGAGUGGGAAUAAAUGAGGAUGGAACGUG